UGGUGAUGGACGUGGUGCUUGUCGAGAUGUCGAGCGUGCGAGUGGUGGUAGCAGUUUCAGUACCACAAUAGCACAUUUCUGACAACCAGCAAAAUUGACGUUGUCCGCCUUCGGGUGCAACGUCUACAAUGAUGAACCUCUGGCCGCGUAACCGCUAUGGCAACGGCCUCCUAUUCGCCGGCUUCAACCAGGACCAAGGAUGCUUCGCCUGCGGUAUGGAGGAUGGAUUCAGGGUCUACAACUGUGAUCCUCUGAAGGAAAAGGAGAAACAGGACUUUGCAGAUGGCGGCAUUGGCAUAGUGGAAAUGCUAUUCCGCUGCAACUACCUCGCUCUUGUCGGAGGAGGACGCAAGCCGAGGUACCCACCAAACAAAGUUAUGGUGUGGGACGACCUAAAAAAGUUGAAUGUCAUUGAGCUGGAAUUCACCAGUGAUGUCAAGGCAGUGAGACUGAGACGAGACAGAAUUGUGGUUGCACUGGAGUCUGUGAUCAAGGUGUACACCUUCACCCAGAAUCCACAGCAGCUGCAUGUCUUUGAGACCUGCCCCAAUGACAAAGGUCUGUGCGUGCUGUGCCCAAACAGCAACAACAGCUUACUGGCGUUCCCCGGGCGACACACUGGCCACGUUCAAAUCGUGGACCUUGGCCAAACCGAAAAGUCUCCGCUUGACAUCGAAGCACACGAGGCAUCUCUGAGCUGCAUUGCGCUCAACCUAAGUGGAACGCUCUUGGCAACAGCCUCUGAAAAGGGUACGCUCAUCAGAGUCUUCGACACUGCCUCGGGGAACCUGGUGAAUGAGCUGCGUCGUGGUGCUAACACAGCCAGCAUCUACUGUAUCAACUUCAACUUGGACUCGACCUUGAUGUGCGUUUCCAGUGAUCAUGGUACAGUGCACAUAUUUUCGGUUCAAGAUUCCUCGGUAAGAAAUAAACAGUCAAGCUGGGCAACAGCAAGCUUCCUACCCAAGUACUUCAGCUCCAAGUGGAGCUUUGGCAAAUUCCAGGUGCCCGGGGGUGGCCCUAGCAUAUGUGCCUUUGUAGCAGACCAGAACGCCGUCAUCGCUAUCUGUGCCGAUGGCAGUUAUUACAAGUUCGUGUUCAACGCAAAGGGGGAAUGCACGAGAGAUGUGUACGCACAGUUCCUCGACAUGUCGGACGACAACGGCCGUUCCUAACAACGUAGUCACGGGCCUCACCAUUUGGUGCAAGGAACUGUGUGAUCUGCAACAGUGGCCAAAAUAUAGUUAAAAGACUGAUCAUCGAACGGGUGCCAUUAGCGCCUUGGAGGAUGCAACAACUGUGCUUAGUGACUGAACCACCACAGCAAGCCGCCUGUGUCGUUACAAUGCUGCCUCAGUGUACGCUUGCGAUAUAGCCUGUCUACGCUUGGUGUCCGUGGUGUUCUAAAGACUUCAGUGCUUUUCUUUCUUUUCUUGUGUUUCCAGACAGAAGAGUAUUUUCAACCAGGCCAGUUGGAUAGUAGAGACUCGAGCAUUCCAAUUAACUAUGACUGAUAAGCCGAAGCCGUGGCAUAAGAUGUGAACCUGUUAACCGUGCUCUUUGUUGUUUGAUUGAGCUCAUGCGUGAUCUUGGUGUGACGACGAGUUGUUCCUUGUUGGCUUCAGUGAAAAAAACUUUUCCGAUUUCAAGUGAAGUUGGGGAGAGUGGUAAUUAGUGUAGCAGAAUUUUGAAGCAAGUUUAAAUGCAGUAAGGUGCAAGUGUAAGGUGUGAAAUGCAUCACAUAUUAAAGUUUCCCGUACUUACCGUGUAUUCCAGAUUAGAAGUCAUUCUUUUAGCAAACCGCCUAGGUAAAAAAAAUUGUAGCAUAGCAUCAAACUUCAGAUCGAGCUUAUUAAUACGUCGGCUUUAUUAUUUCGCCUUUAGGUCGAUCUCCAAACUUUGGGAUGUCGUUUUUGUAAACAAAAUGUCUAUUUCAAAUCGGGAAUAUACGGUAGCUUGUAUAGUGUGCCUUUAAACUUGCGCACAGAUAAAUAUUGUUAUGUGGGUAAUAUGCCAUAUUUGACCACGAAGUGUAGCUCUGCAGUAGGGCAGAUCUGAAUAACCAGUUUUACCAUGUUUCUGUUAUGAAACUACCUUUUCAGGUAGUGGGAUAAUCAGGGUUAACAGUGUAAGUGCCUCAGACAGGCUAGCAGACGUUUCGAUAAGAGGAUCUAUCUUCUUCAAAGGCGCCGUGUCAUUCUUGGCGUGUUAGUUUUGAAGGGGUUAGUGGUGACGUCACGGUGGUAGCUCGUGUCUCUGUUGAUAAUCGCCGCCUGAAAAGCAAGAAAAAACUAUAAAGCAGAAGAGUACUGUCCUCUCUUCCCUUCAAGUCAGGUGGUAGUGAUUCAAAAUUUGUUCUUGGAGAGUGAAAAAAAAGAAGAGAAAAAAGAAGAAAGAAAAACGCAAAGUUGGAGCGGUGUGCUGCAAAAGUGGUGGCCACUGUUAAACCCGAUUAUCCCACUAUGUUGUUUCCAUCUGUCGGCUCCCAUCUAGAUUUCAGAUUACCUUUCCAGGUGUGUCAUAUGGGUGCAGUAUAUUUGUUCAUUUGUUUCGAAUACAGUUAAACCCCUUUAUAAGAGGCAUGCUCUGGGCAGCAAUUCUUGUCUUUUAUAUGAGAUAUCCCUUAUAAGCAAAGUACGUCAUAUGCAUUUUCCUAUAAAUGUGUAUUUUACUGUAGGCACACUGUUGUCUCUUAUACCCAUUUGUCUUUUAUAUCAGUGUCUCUUAUAAAGAGAUUCGACUGUAGUUCAAAUAGUUGAAACUUUGAGUAUGUGUUGAAGUUGAUUCGAAAAUUGUAAUGUUCAUCUGAAUAUUCAAAGCCCUUGAAUAUUUGCACAGUGGCCACUUUGUGUACCAAGCUUGCUGUGUUCCUGGAUUUUUGAACUUGAUUCAAGCAGAACACUGCACAACUGUUGUCAAAAGAAUUGAAUUUAUAUCAUCCUGUAUAGCCCAUACUGUACUUUUUGACAUGUUAUGGCCGAAUGUGGUCAACCAUUUGUAUGAAUAGUUCGUAGAGUUGUGUUAUAAGUUUGGUUUCUGGUUUUAUCAUUACAAAUGGUGAACUUGUUCUUAUUUCGCCUCCACGAAGUUUUCUGCUGUUAUGUGGGCAUUUAUUAUCAUCCAAACUGCUUCACUGCUUGCCAUUCGAUAUACACAUGCUGUUCCUUAAUAUGCUUACUCUGCAUCUUUAAGAAUUUAUGAAAUUGUUUAAUAGUUUUGCAAAAUCAUUGUGCUUCUUUUUUUUCAGCAGUACCUGGCACAAAUAACUUGUAACCUGCUACCUUGUCAUGAUUCUGUUGCUGUAGAGGAAUAGAAAAAAGAGCUGUGAAUUCAGUGUAACAUCGUGUUUCGAAAAGCUUUACAGCACGACUUGAUCAAGUAUACAAAAAAAAAUGACAUAUUGGCACACUCUAUGACAUAUUGGCAUCUCUGUUCAGUGCAAGAUGUGGAACACAUAACAUUAACUUUUUGAGCUCUAUUGAUCAAUGUGCAUGCAAUAUAGAUGAAAAUUGAUUGUGUAUACUGUAUUGAUGAAAAAAGACAUUUAAAGUAAUGCUUUCAACAGUCUAAACCAAACAGGUGCUUUUUUUCCUAGGAUAUGAAUAGUAGCGUACUACUAUCGUUCAAAGGUACUCCAACUUAGCACAUUUGGGCCGCAAAACAAUAUGUAUGAAGGAGAAAAGACAGUGGGGUUACAAUUUCCCAUCCAUCUUCCCUGCGUAACACUUGGCCGGCCGAACCUGUCAAGAUAUUCCUGUCAAUUCGUGGUGAUCGCAUUGGCUUGAAGUAAAAAUGUGUCACUUGCUGGAUUUGGCCCACAAUUUUGUUGGGCCUUUUCAUAUGUGCAAUUAUCAUGUGCACUCACACGUUCAGCUAUUUCCGGAGCUUACUAGCAUGCCACUUUGAGCAUUUUUUCCAAGUCUGCAGGGCUCCAUCAGGACCAUAAAAUACGAAAAUUCGCAAACUCAUGUUUUGAACAUGCGUGCUGUGUCCUUAUUUUUUUGACAACAAUAAAUUCUGCAAUGAGUAAAAAAAGUUUGUAUACUCCAAGACCUGAAAGGGAAGUUGGGUUAUGCUAACCUUAGUGCCUGACGCAUUCUGUUCACUUCUCUCUCAAUUUUAGUUCUGCACAGAAAUUUCAGUCAGCUGUAAUUGGUGUCACGCAACAUUCGACAGUAGUAUAUUUUGUAUAACUCAUUGUUGAUGCAUGAAUUAAUACCCCUUGUCAUUAACAAGUCAUGGUUUUGUCAUUGGCUGGCAUUGGAGCUUUUCAUUUUUUAUUUAUUCAACAAUACUUCAGACCAACGCAUGGUCCAUGAAGGAGGGGUUGUAAAUUGAUUGCAAAAUAAAAAAAAACAUUGCAAUCACAAGGGAAAAUCAAAAAAGAAAAAAAAACGAGAAAUUUGAGUUGUACUGCACUGUUAAGGCACACUUGCUCAGAUAGCAUUUGCCAUGUUGCUUGGGUCAGUUGCUGGAUGUGGUGGAGGUGUAGUAACAUCGCGAAGAAUUCUUAACCGUUGUCUUUACUCUGUCCAGUCUUUUGUGCGCGAUUCCUUGACGAGUACACUUGUUACCUAUGAAGUGUGGUCAUGAGGAGUUCCUGCGGAACAUUCUUAUAUGUUUUCAGGCCUUCAUUCUAUUCUCGAUAGCAUCAUAGUUUUUUGGUGGGUGAGGUCGCUAAGAAGGGGGCACUCAUCAUGAACUCAUAUAGAGAUAUGUUGUGUGACUGGUGCUGUGGGAGAUGUAAGAACUUGUUUAUGCUGAGGACUGUAUAUUCACACUUCGUGCGACCUUUCUUUUCAUGGUCAUGUGCAUAUUUCAUUCUCAUUUAUUCUUAGAGUUUGUAUUUUGAUUACAAAAUAAAUGUCACUGUGUUGGCUUUGUGUAUAAGGCUAAUAUAGCCCCAUCUAUUACAGGCCAUAGAACUCAGUUAUAGGUUUACAUUGACUGUACCUUAAAAGAAAUAUUUUUUGAUGCCAUUCUAUGUAGAAUUCAAGCAGUUCUGCUGCUACGUGGAACCUCACUAUGUCAGUGGCAUAAAGGUACCGUCAUUGUGUUCUAUAGCUUUUAUUACGAGCGUUAAAGUUGAUUUCAGCGCGAAUCGGGCAUCAAAAAUCAAUAACUAUAAGAAUUACUUUCAAUACUUGGUUGUAUCUGUGUUUACUGUGGGACCUGUUUGGCACUGCAGUGAUUGAUAAACUUUAAUCACUGUAUAACACUAAACUUUAAUCACUGUAGAGUUUAUCAAUCACUGUACACAGUGAUUGAUAAACUUUAAUUUGCAUGUUUACUUAUUCUUAGCUUUAUGAGCAAUUUUGUGUGAUCCGUGCCGAGCAACCAUGACCACGUGACAUUGUCACUAACAGCUUGCAUGCACAUGAGAUUAAGAGUCUGAUCACUUCACGGUGCAGAAAUUGCAUUGCCACAGCAGAAUUCUUCGUGCAUUAGAAAUGGCAUUGCUUGAUGUUUGUUUUCUUAAAUUCCUUGUGUUUGUUCCAGUUUGCCGUGGUAUGAAGCAAAAAAGGAAUCUACUUUGCAUGUGGGUUUUGCAGUUUUAUACCUUUUGAACAAUUUUCGUGCAAGUACUGUUUGGAAAUGGGGUGCUCUCUAGACAACUGGAUGAAGGGUGAACACGCAGGACGUUGUGACACUGUAGUAACUUUUUCAUUAUCUUUUUCUUGAAUGCAUUGAGAAGAGAUGUUCCUUCUGUUACUACUGUACUUUGAAGAAAUACAUAUAUUUAUAGACAA